AGCCCCACCUACUAGCUCUCCAUUCCCAGUCCUAAAUCAUUGGGAAUGUAAUAGACAGACCAGCGGGAGUGGGCGGAGCGGGCGCCGGAUGUGACGUUUCCGGAACCUCCGAGUGUCAUCCGCGGGGAAAGAACUUGGUCCUGAUGUCUGACCAUGGAGAUGUGAGCCUCCCGCCCGAAGACCGGGUGAGGGCUCUCUCCCAGCUGGGUAGUGCGGUAGAGGUGAAUGAAGACAUUCCACCCCGUCGGUACUUCCGCUCUGGAGUUGAGAUUAUCCGAAUGGCAUCCAUUUACUCUGAGGAAGGCAACAUUGAACAUGCCUUCAUCCUCUAUAACAAGUAUAUCACGCUCUUUAUUGAGAAACUACCAAAGCAUCGAGAUUACAAAUCUGCUGUCAUUCCUGAAAAGAAAGAUACAGUAAAGAAAUUAAAGGAGAUUGCAUUUCCCAAAGCAGAAGAGCUGAAGGCAGAGCUGUUAAAACGAUAUACCAAAGAAUAUACAGAAUAUAAUGAAGAAAAGAAGAAGGAAACAGAGGAAUUGGCCCGGAACAUGGCCAUCCAGCAAGAGCUGGAAAAGGAAAAACAGAGGGUAGCACAACAGAAGCAGCAGCAAUUGGAACAGGAACAGUUCCAUGCCUUCGAGGAGAUGAUCCGGAACCAGAAGCUAGAAAAAGAGCGACUGAAAAUUGUACAGGAGUUUGGGAAGGUGGACCCUGGCCUAGGUGGCCCGCUAGUGCCUGACUUGGAGAAGCCCUCCUUAGAUGUGUUCCCCACCUCACCAGUCUCAUCCAUACAGCCUUCAGACUGUCACACAACUGUAAGGCCAGCUAAGCCACCUGUAGUGGACAGGUCCUUGAAACCUGGAGCACUGAGCAACUCAGAAAGUAUUCCCACAAUCGAUGGAUUGCGCCAUGUGGUGGUGCCUGGGCGGCUGUGCCCACAGUUUCUCCAGUUAGCCAGUGCCAACACUGCCCGGGGAGUGGAGACAUGUGGAAUUCUCUGUGGAAAACUGAUGAGGAAUGAAUUUACCAUUACCCAUGUUCUCAUCCCCAAGCAAAGUGCUGGGUCUGAUUACUGCAACACAGAGAACGAAGAAGAACUUUUCCUCAUACAAGAUCAGCAGGGCCUCAUCACCCUGGGCUGGAUUCAUGUAAGCAAUUCUGAGCUGUCUGAGAGUUAGUCUCUGCCUCUCCUAUGGUGGUAUAAAUACACUGAGUGUUUCUUUGAACAAAGUCAAUUAUAUCCAGAUUAUUUAUUGUUUUUCUCUCUUUCGGUUGCAGUCCUUAGCAUACUUGACUAUUGCACUUUCGUAUUGUUUUCUGGGAACACUUAGGGCUUUUAAAUUUUUUUAACUUUUUAUUUAUUUUUUAGUAAAAAUAAACUGUUGUCCCUAAAGUUCCAGUUUCCCUCUGAGUGUGACUGGUGAUGGGAUGCUGGCCUAGAAUAUAUGUGGACAUUGACCUUAGAGACUAUGCCUACUGUAUACAGAUGAUGUUCCUUAAAGUUGUAUACCUCAAAAUAUUUUAAAUGAGCCAAGUAGGUUAAUUCAGAUGCUUGCAUUUGGUCUUUCUUAAAGCACCUUUAUAUAAACAAGAAGGGCUAUAAAUACACAUUAUUUUCAAGUGUCUGCAUAUCUUGUGCAGCCUUCUGGUAAUGUUCAGGUAAAAUAUAAGGCCUUCCCUAAAGAUUAUUUUUAAAUUUUUCUUUCUAUUCCUUUUCAACCCCUCACUCCCAUAGCCCAAGCUGCAUUUUAUGCUGUAUGACAGAGUUACAAAUAAAUUGGUUUAUUCUUGGAUUACA